ACGAAACGUAUUAAAUAGUAGACAAAAAUAAAGUUACCAAAGUUUGUAGUCGCGGUGGGAGACGGAGAUGGGCCAGCUGGUUCGGUUGAAAGGCUCUUUAAUAUGUUUGGUUCGCAUUGGUCCGGGUUUGAGCCUUGGGUGCGUCUGGGAUCAGGACGACACAGCCCGCUGCGUCUUUAAAAAUCUGCGCCCCUCGGCAUUUACUACUGCUUAAAUUGAAUGACUCCAUUUAAUGCUUUCUCCUCUCCAUUCAUUAUAACCCCAACGACGCCAUUUCUGCUCCCCCCUCCCUCUCUCUCUCUCUCUCUCUCUCUCUCUCUCUCAACUUCCAUAUCCGUCUCAGCUCGUCCGUACAGCGCUGUUCAUUGCACGUGACAUGCACGUGAUCCUCCUCCUCUGGCUUCUUUCGCUUAAAAGCUACAUCCGUCUCUUUUGGUAAUACUACUACAAGAGGAAAGAAGAUGGCGUCGAUGGCUUCACCGCCACCGUUGGUACUUAGCGUUAUCGGAGGAACUGUCACUGCUGCGGAGAAUAAUAACACCAGUGAACGCUCGCAUUCUUCGUCGUCGUCUUCUUCUUCGUCGUCGUCGAUUGAGAAUGUGAAGCCGAGUAUAAUAAUUAUAAUUUUGAUCCUGUCCAUAACGGUGCUUGUUUCCGUCUCUCUUUGUCUACUCCUCCGCCACCUCAACCGCCGUUGCUUACGUCACCUCUCUCGCUCGACUACGUCGACUAUCACCAGCGCCGCUGCCACCGCCAGCCACCGUGUCAGUCCCGAAGAAUCGCAGACGGCUUCGUUGCUUGAUUCUCUUCCUGUUUUUACCUUCUCUUCCAUUAUUCGCCGCUCCAACAAUGACUCGACGGUUUCCGGAGAUUGCGCGGUUUGUUUGUCCAAAUUUGAAUCGCACGAUCAGCUCAGGCUUCUCCCUCUUUGUUGCCACGCGUUCCACGCUCAUUGCAUUGAUACUUGGCUCGCUUCAAACCAAACUUGUCCUCUUUGCCGCUCUCCUCUCUUCGCUUCCGAGUCUGAUCUCAUGAAGGUUUUGCUUCAGUCUUCUAACUCCGCAGCUGCGAUUGGAAGUGGCGGAAGUGAUAGUUUCCGGCUCGAGAUUGGCUCUAUCAGUCGCCGUCAACCGGGCUCCGAAUCCGGUGAGCAGAGAAGGUCUUAUUCCAUUGGCUCUUUCGAUUAUGUCGUCGAGGAAGAAUCAGAGGUGACUAGAAAUCAAACUCACCGGAGAACCGUGUCCGAUAAGGAAGAUGUUGCAGCACCUGUGGCAGCUUCAGAAGCGAGCCUCGCCGCGGAGGUUGCUACUGGAAGGAGUUGGCUUAAGGAAUACGUGGAUAGGCUUUCUUUUUCCUUAUCGUCUCGUGCUAUGUCGUUUCGUAGCUCAGGAAGGUUCUUCACCGGGAGCAGUCGCCGAAGCGAUAUCUCCGGCGUCGCUGUAGAUUACGACGUGGAAGCAAAUCGCAUCGGCGAGGAGAUCAGCGAGAUGUUUCGUUGGUUCUCAGGGGUGUGAGCGUAAAUACGAGGUUUGACGUAGGGACAUUUCUUGCAUUUUCGGCUUUUUGAUUCGAUUAGUUCGCUCUUGUUUUUGCUUAUUCCACUCUGUUCCUGAUGGAUCGGACAACACACACACCAAAAGUUCAGAGGAAGAGUGGACACAGCAAAAUUUUUGAGUGCAGGUAAGGGUAGUCGGAUCUAGAAGCAUAAAUUUUUGUCCAUCUCCUUUAAAUGGGAGUCAUUGGUAGACAAAAGGGAAUACUUGAAGCAGUAACUUUUGUAGGUUAGUUUUUUUUUUU